AUGGCAACCAAAGCCGAAUCAUUUCCUCGACUCUUUGAUGCUGUCAAAGCCAAAUUCCCCUCGUCACUGGGACCCGACAGAUGGCACCUCGUCGCCGCAUCCGCCCUCAUCACUUACCUCCGACCCCUCAAAUCUGGCUACCUCUGGAAUUAUCUGACCAGCCAGCCAGACUGUCAAACAUUAGAGCAGCGACGAGCUCUCAACAAGCGCCUACGCGAGUUUUUCGUGAAACAAUGGGUUACAAUCGGUGUGCCCAAGGCUGCUGUUGCGCUGUUCUCGUUGAUCAAAAAGGGAAGCCUGGGAACGCUGAUCUGGGCAUACGAAACAUACCAAUUCAAUUCCGAUGCUCUGGGACUUGGCCAGCUGUCCAACACGUCUCUUUGCAGAAGCCCCCUAUCACAAAGUGUCUGCAUCCACAGGAAUCUCAUACUGACGAGAACGAACACAGAUCACAAGCAGCCCUCGCUCCCGCCAAACGCGCGUGCGACACCGAAUUUCUCCGCCACCUCUACACCGAGGAGCAAAAGGCCACUAUGUAGAGCAGCAGUGGUGCAGACUUUGAAUGGGUGA